CAUACGCUCACCGGACACUGCGCCAAAGUGAUGGCCGCCAAGUUCAUGGGCGAACCGAACAAAGUGGUAACCGGCAGCCACGACCGCACGUUGAAGAUAUAUGAUCUUCGCAUCAGAGCGUGCGUCGAGACCAAGUUUGCCGGGUCCAGCUGCAACGACCUGGUAACGUCCGAGACUAUCGGCACGACCAUCAUCAGUGGCCAUUUCGACAAGAGAAUACGGUUCUGGGACACGAGGACCGAAACGCCGCAUACGGAUAUCGAAGUCCAGGGACGGGUCACGUCUUUGGACUUAUCCAGAGAUUGUAACUACCUAUUGAGUUGCGUACGAGAUGAUACCUUGCGGCUUAUCGACCUCAGGACAAACAAAAUAAUCAACACAUUCGAAGUUGAUGGAUUCAAGGUGGGCUGUGACUGGACGAGGGCCGUAUUCAAUUUGGAGUAUGACCACGUAGCUGUUGGAUCGUCCGACGGUUCAGUAUUCAUUUGGAAUGUGACAAAACCAGGAAGACCUUUGGUCGUUUUGAGAAACGAACAUAGUUCGCCAGUAACGGCUGUCUCUUGGCAUCAAUUUACCAACCACGUUGCCAGUGUGGACAGAUCUAGAAGAGCCGUUGUAUGGGCUGAUGUAUAAGCUGCCGUGGACACGCGUCAAAUGCUUUUUUACGCUUGACAACAAAAUUGUUUUAUUUUAUUUUUCUAAUUUUAAGCUAUUUUUUUAUGAUAACUUAGUAAAGUGUAAAUUUUUUAUUUUACUUUGAUUAAUACAUUUUAAUAAUUGUCAGCUAUGCGUACAUCAUAUAAUGAUAUAUAAAUUAUAUUUUUUUAAAGAUAUUCAAAACACGUUAAUAGUUUUAUAUUAUAAACGUUUUCAAUAAAUAUGUUCCAGUUUUUUUACGUAUGACUACUGUGUCUCCCCGUACCUGCUAUAAUAUUAAGUGCGCCAUCUGUGUGAACAAUUCAAUGAAUGAUCAUUUGCCUGCAGAUAGCGAUUGAAGUCUUUAGUCGGCGGCCGUGAUAUACACCACCCUCUUGCUCUUGCAAAACGUAUCUGGCAGUUUUUUUAUUACAAAGCUGAUAAGUAUUAAUAUUUAUGUGACUUAUAUCAUUUUCUUUCAACUGCCAAGUUAAAUUGUGAUAUAAAGGAACAGCUCUUUUAGGAAUCUAAAUCGAAUUAUACUAUCAAACAUUCAAAGAUGUUUUCAAAGUUACUGACAAGUUUUCCGGUAAGAAAUUACGUUUGAGAUAAUCUUAUGGUGUACUGUUGGAAAAGUUCAUAAGUACAUAAGUUGUUCCUUACAUUAUAAUAGUUUCUCAAGUCUAAAAUGAAAUUAUAUCAACAGUAAAUAAUUAUUCCUCAUUAUUUCAUACGAAAUAUAUUACCGAAUAUUUAUCAUCUUUUGAUUCUCGGAUAUUUAACCUUAAAAUUUUUCAAGAGCAUUGUUCACCAAAUACUUUAGUGACAGUCAAAACCUUUACAGUUGUAGAGUUCAAAUUCAUUGAACACAACUUAAAGCCUGUUAAAAAUUUAAAUACUCUUAAAAGGUACAAACAAAACGUUCUUUGUUAGAUUUAAUUUGUUACAACGAAACAUCAACUCCCCGGUGACAUGUCAAAAACUUAAAAGAUAUCCUUUUCCAUGCGGAAAAAUGCCAACUACUUUACAACGAAGAUAAAUAUAGUGUAGCAACUGCACUUCGCGGCACGGUGAAAGAGCAAUUACCACUUUCCACAACAAAUUGUUAAGAAAAAUACGUUUAUAAAGACUGGGUAACAAAAAAGUACUUUAAGUUAAAAACAAACAAAAUUUUCGUAUUCGAAAGUUACUGAUCAAGAAAAAUAGCUUUACGAACCAUGUCAACAUAUUUAAGGAGCCUAGUAUAGGCAUUUUGUUAUACAUAUAUGAAUUGAAUUCCGUUGAAAUUACACCCUUCGAUAUUCAAACUGAACUAUUUCCCGUUAUUUUUAUUCCAUUAUCAUUUUAAGUGUCGUUGAAACAAAUAGGUAUUCUUUAUGAUUUUCAAAUGUUUUGGCAAAAAUAGUGUAUUAUGAGUGACUGAAGU